AUUGCUGAUCAGAAUAAGUUCGGUUUUGUUGGCAAAUUUUGAGCAUGAACAUCCCAUCUCUCUUCGUCGACCCAUUCUCUCCGCUCCUCGAGCAUCCAACGGAGCAACGUGCCAAGAAUGUGGCUCACGCACCAAAGCGUCCGUGUAAUCUUACACAGACAGAGAAAAUGCUCGCCGUCCGCAAUGCUCUCCGCUACAUUCCAAAAGAGCAUCACGUCCUUCUAGCCACCGAGUUCGCUGAAGAGCUCAACACCUAUGGACACAUCUAUGGGUAUCGGUUCAUGCCAAACUUUGAUCUAUUCGCGCCGCCCGUCUCGGAGAUCGGAGCUCAUUGCGAACAAGCAUCGGCUAUCAUUUUGAUGAUUCUAAACAAUUUGGACAAGCGGGUUGCCCAGUUUCCACAGGAAUUGGUGACUUAUGGAGGAAAUGGUCAAGUUUUUAGCAAUUGGAUCCAAUUCCGUCUGGUUCUUCGUUACCUCUACACAAUGACUGACCAUCAAACUUUGGUGCUCUAUUCCGGACACCCAUUGGGCCUAUUUCCAUCAACCCCGGACUCGCCAAGAAUGACUGUUACUAAUGGAAUGAUGAUCCCGAGCUACUCGACAAAGGAGCUGUACGACAAGUAUUUUGCAUUAGGAGUGACGCAGUACGGACAAAUGACUGCUGGAAGUUUCUGUUAUAUUGGACCACAGGGAAUUGUACACGGGACUACGAUCACAGUCCUCAACGCUGGUCGUCGUAUGGGACUGGAUUCCCUUGCUGGUAAGGUUUUCGUAACUGCAGGACUUGGAGGAAUGAGUGGAGCUCAACCAAAAGCAGCUAAGAUUGCUGGAUGUAUUGGAGUUAUUGCGGAAAUUAGUGAUACUGCAUUGUUGAAACGUCAUCAACAGGGAUGGUUGGAUGUAUAUUCGAAGGAUCUUGAGGAAAUUGUGAAUUGGAUUAAAGAGUACAGAGAGAAAAAAGAGGCAAUUAGUAUUGGAUAUUUGGGGAAUGUUGUUGACUUGUGGGAACGGCUCGCCGAGGAACCGGAAUGUCUUGUAGAACUGGGAAGUGACCAAACUUCUCUCCACAAUCCAUUCCUUGGAGGUUUUUACCCUGCUGGACUCACUUUUGAACAAUCCAAUCAAAUGAUGACUUCUGAUCCUGUAAAAUUCAAAAAACUUGUUCAAAACUCUUUAAUCCGCCAAAUCGCCGCCAUCGACAAGAUUGCUGCAAAGGGAAUGUACUUCUGGGAUUACGGUAAUGCUUUCCUUUUGGAAUGCCAGAGAGCUGGAGCCAAUUUGCUCAGAGAGGAUGCUCAGGAUGAUAAAUCGUUUAGAUAUCCAAGUUAUAUGCAGGAUAUUAUGGGAGACAUCUUUUCAAUGGGAUUUGGACCAUUCCGAUGGGUUUGUACUUCUGGAAAGCCGGAAGAUUUGAGAUUGACUGAUCAGACAGCAUGCAAGAUUAUUGAUGAGUUGAAGGAUACUGAUGUCCCCGAAUACGUGAAACAGCAAUAUUUGGACAACAAGAAAUGGAUAGAAGAAGCCGAGAAAAAUAAGCUCGUCGUUGGCUCACAGGCACGGAUUCUAUAUUCGGAUCGUGCUGGAAGAGUUGCAUUGGCUUCUGCAUUCAAUGAGCUCGUGAAAUCUGGAAAAGUGUCGGCUGCAAUUGUAAUUUCAAGAGAUCAUCAUGAUGUUUCUGGAACUGAUUCUCCAUUCCGUGAGACUUCAAAUGUUUAUGAUGGAAGUGCUUUUACAGCUGAUAUGGCUGUACAGAAUUGUAUUGGUGACUCAUUCCGUGGUGCUACAUGGGUUGCCCUUCACAAUGGUGGAGGUGUUGGAUGGGGUGACGUCAUCAAUGGAGGUUUCGGUAUUGUUCUUGAUGGCUCAAGUGAUGCUGCCCGCCGAGCUGAAGGAAUGCUCAAUUGGGAUGUACCUAAUGGAGUUACUCGUCGUUCUUGGUCUGGAAAUGCAAAGGCUCAGGAAGCAAUUCAACGUGCUGAAAAACAAGUUGAUGGGCUUAGAGUUACAUUGCCAGUGGAAGCUGAUGAGGAAUUGUUGAAGAAGUUGAAAUUUUGAAUUUUUACUUUGAUAAAUUGAAUUUCUGAAAUUAAUUUUUAAUUUUAAAAAAUACUUCGUUCCAAUAAAAGUUUAUUAUUGUG